AGGUUGACUUCCUCUUCUGCUGCCGGAACUUCCCAGUGUGACACCAACCGGAAGUAAACAAGCCGCUAGCAGCAUCGUUAGCUUUCCUCGUGUGAGGACGGAGCAGGAAGACGGUUGUGUUGUCGUCUCUCAGCUGAAUAUUUCAGUGUUUCAGCAACAAUGUCUUCAGUUCAGCAUCUGAGAGAGUUUAUCAGCGAGCGACUAACUGCUGCUGCUGAAGAAAUAUUCACAGAGUUUGAAAAAACCAUCGUCCAGUACGAAGAAGAGAUCGAUCGUCAGCGCAGACUGCUGGAUAUCACCUGGAAUCCACAGAUAAAGUUAAUCAGAACAGAGGUUCCACAUCAAUAUGUCUACAAGGUGGAUGAAGCUCUUCAAGAUGACCAGCAGCUGUGCAACCAGAACUCAAACCUGGACCAGGAGCAACCAGAGUCUGCUCGUAUUAAAGAGGAAGAGGAGGAACUCCUCAGCAGUCAGGAGGAAGAGCAGCUUUGGCUGAAGGAUGAAACUGAUCAGUUUUCAAUACCGGCUGCUCAUGAGGAAGAUGGUCACAGUGAUCCAGAACCAAACAGGGACCAUAUUCCCUCUUACAGUCCUCCUGCAGACCAACAUUCACCUUUAGAGGAAAGCAUGGUUGAAGACUCAGGAACAAAAACGUGUGCAGAUACACAGCCAGAAAAGAGCUGUCUAACGGAGACAAAUGAGAACGUAGGAGAGUCCUUUCUGUUAGAAAGUCAUUGUAAUGAAAGAGAUGAGAAACAACAUUCCUGCAAGUUCUGUGGGAAACAGUUUAAAACGAAAAGUAAGUUAACUGUUCAUGUAAGAACUCACACAGGAGAGAGACCGUACUCUUGUCAAACAUGUGGGAAAAGCUUCACUAAAAAGAAGUUUUUGGUGACCCACAUGAAAAUUCACUCAGGCUUGAAGCAAUUUUUCUGUCCAACAUGUGGAAAAUGUUUCUUUUACCAGGGGAAUUUGGUGCGUCACAUGAGAGUUCACACAGGUGAGAAGCCGUAUUCUUGUCCAACUUGUGGAAAAUGUUUCAAUCAAACUCAUUAUUUGAAGUACCACAUGAGAAUUCACACGGGCGAGAGGCCGUAUUCUUGUACAACAUGUGGAAAAUGUUUCGGUCGCCAGGAUGCUUUGGUGCGCCACAUGAGAAUUCACACAGCUGAGAAGUAAUUUUUUUGUCCAACAUGUGGAAAAUGUUUCAAACAAAAUGAUCAUUUAAAGUUCCACAUGAGCUCUAACAGAGGAUGUCAAAAGCCACCUUCUAUAUGUGGAAAAUAAUUCAGUCUAAUCUUUGGCCUGCAUGAUCAUAUCUAAUCCCUAUUAGAGUUGGCCCGCUGAUACUACAAGUCCCACGAUGCACUGCCAGUACGUUUGUAAUCACAGGCCCGCGAGUGCGUACCUCACUGAUUCUCCAGUAGCCUGAUGGAGCAACCCAGUCUCACUCUAAAUCAUGUAAUACCUACGUUUGUCCACAGGGCGAAACGUAGCCACGUUUAACAAGAAGGGCUCUGAAAUUGUAGCAUGGUUACGUUUCACUUUCUUUGGGUCACGUGACUGCCGAGUUUCUACCCGGCGUGAACUAAAAACGUGGCGGACAUCCCUUCUAUUUUUGUUGGAAAAUGCUAUAUUUUAAGAUCGAUUGUGGCUUUAGCCUAGUUUUGAUAGCUUUUGUAGCGACAAAUGAACACUUUUUUUAUAGUAUCCAUUCGGUUUAUUUACACAAUUAGUAGUUUUUUCGUUUCGAUGCACAAUCCUUCAACGAAAUUGUAGGAAUACUACAUUUCAGAUUGUUGCUACAGUGGUUGCUACGGACGCUAUUAACAACAACAUUAACAACAAACUGGAAGAAAGUUAAUGGUGCGUCACGGACUGAGUUCAAACUGGUUACGUUUAACCACAAAUCUGCUUAAGCUACUAUCAAUUAAAUAAUGACUUGUUUGAUUUGAAAAAGAUAGCUAUUAAAAAAUUAAACAAAUUAAAGUAUUUAGCCACAAUACAAACUCUAGAAUUUUAGAAUGGUUGUAUUAUAUUUACACACUAUUAAUACAUAGUUUGUCAUUUGAUUUAAUGAGACAAAUCUUUUAAGACAAGAUUCAUUAGACCACAAACUACGAUCCCAUACAACAAAUUCAUUUAUGCCUAAUUUGUCUUUAUAUAUUAUACUGGUAGGUGUAUGUAAUUCAUUUUCCUGAAUUUAAACUGUUUAUAUUUUUAUUCAUAUGUUUGUAUUAAUACUGCUACAAUUUUCUUUUCCUUCUGGGGUAGAUCAAUCAUUCAGUCAAUCUUCCUGUUUGUUAGUUAGUUGCAGUACAACAACAUCUGGAUCAUAUAUAGAUAUACUCAAGCUAUAAAUGCAAUUUAAAAUAAGUUUCUACAAAUAAAUAGCACAGAAGCAUUUAACAAUAAAUACCUUACAACUUCCAUGACAUGAAUAAUAAAAGUUUCAAUUUAAAGACUAUUUUUUAUAAAAAUUUAAAGAAGGGAAAUCAUACAUACCACAUGGAACAUGGUUCCCUCUCCACCAGCUCUAUUUGUUUCCCCAGAAAAAUAUUUUAAAAUGUUUACUGCUAUAAGCAAUCACACUGUCAGAGGACUUUAGAGCUGUGGUGCAUUAAAAUCCACUAAAUACAUUCAGACUUAAGGUAUAUAUUCACAUUACAUUUUUACUUUAAAUAAUGACAAAGGAGAACCUUCUGGAUUUUUCUCUUUAAAACUUGCUUCACCGGGUAAUACUCGUCCUUUCCCCCAACGAUAUGGCUGCAAUCUGAAAGAGCAGAAAGUGUACGCUUACGUUUUUUAAAACAUUUGUUAUAGAACUGCCAGGGGUGCACAGAAAGAAAAUUAUACUUUUGGUCUUCCAAAGAAAUACAAUAAACUGCAGUUGAUUAAAAAUGCAGAAAUGCUGGCGCCAACAUAGAGUAGAAGACUAGAAAAGCACACGUUACAUAAAUUAAAAUUCUUUACAUCGGCUGCCUGUGAUUACCUCAUUGAUUUUACAAUUAUUGUAUUAAUUUUUAAGGCACAGCCUUGCAUUGGUUUCUCUCAGAGAUGCAUUUAGUUUACAUUUUUGUUCUAUUUCAUUUAGCUAUUAUGCUCUCAAACAGUGGACAUGUGUGCAUGGGAUCUGAGAAUAUCUAUACUUUUAAACCAAAAAUAAACAAAUUAAUCCGUCAAUAUUUUGUAUGUAGGGUUCUUUUAAUCAACUUUUUAUAAUGUGUAAUAAUAACUCAAUAUUUUAUUUAACUGCUUUUUUCAUCACUGUCUUGGGUGGUCUUUGUUUUAAAUUUGUGAUGCUUGGAAUUAUUUUUAUUUCAAGUCUUGCUGUUGUUAUAUAAUUUAUAUUUAACUAUUUGUGUUUCUUUUUCUACGCCCAUCUUUGUUAUUACUGUGUGUUGUCAUUAUUUUAUGUUUUUAUAUCACUGCACACUGAACUACAUUUAAUCCCUAUGAAAGGUAAUUAAAAAUAAAGCUGAAUUGAUUUGUCAUAUCAAAGAUAAAUAGAAGAACCAUGAAAUAUUUGUACUGUCCUUUUGGAAAUGAAGGAAUGUAAAUAAAGGAUGACCAA